UUUUCUGCCAACCGACAACGCUGGAAUAAGUUGUCUGCUACAACGGCAUGCUUUGAGUCGAGUCUGGAAGUUUGUCGGUUCUUUGGUACAAUUUAGGUGUUUGAAAGCCGAAGAAAACAAUUUAGAUCAAAUUUAAUUUUAAAGAAUGGUAGAAAUACAGACCGUGGGGCACAGUGAAGUCUUUCACAAAUUAUCCAGUACUUGCCACACAGAUAUUGAACCAGUGGGGCGUUGGUUCAAGGCCUGGUGGUAUCAUCACCAACGCAAUGGGGCUCUUUCAGGUGAGGGGCUUUCUUUGGCAGAAUCCGGCAGCCAGUCUGACGAAGAGGUUGAAUGCUCGACUGUAGAAAUUGAAGAUGAUGUGGAAUACCUAAGAAGUUUAGACCCCAAAGAGUGGAAAGAUCAAGACCAUUAUGCAGUGCUGGGUCUGAAGAAAGUUCGGAUUAACGCCACAGAAGACGACAUCAAACGAGCGUACCGGCAGAAAGUUUUACGUCACCACCCUGACAAGCGAAAAGCAACUGGAGAAGAGAUUCGAGCUGAUGACGACUAUUUCACAUGCAUAACGAAAGCUUACGAAACGCUGAGCGUGGCGUCGAAGAGGCGAGCCUACGAUUCGGUCGAUUCCGAAUUCGACGACGAUGUUCCAUCUAGCAACGCAUCCAACAAAUCCCGUUUCUUUGAGGUGUUUGGUCCCGUCGUAGCGGCGAACGCGCGUUGGUCCGUCAGGAGCAACGUUCCCCAACUGGGCGACAUCAAUUCAUCGCGCGAUCACGUGGAAAACUUUUACGAUUUUUGGUACAAUUUUGAAUCUUGGCGCGAAUUUUCCUACCUCGACGAAGAAGAGAAAGACAAAGGCCAAGAUCGAGAAGAGCGGCGCUGGAUCGAGAAACAGAACAAGGCGGAGAGAGCUCGCAGGAAAAAGGAAGAGAUGAGUCGGCUGCGAUCGUUGGUGGAUGCGGCUUACGCCUGCGACCCUCGCAUCCUCCGUUUCAAAGAGGAGGACAAACAAAAGAAGUUGGACGACAAGAAAGCCAAACAGGAUGCGGUUCGAGCUCGCAAAGAAGAGGAGGAAAGGAGACGGAAAGAAGAAGAAGAGAAUAAGCUGAGGAUCAAGCGCCAAGCGGAAGAGGCUGCCCGUGCCCGGCAGAAUGCGGCCAAGCGGGAGAAGGAGAAUGCCAAGCGGGCGUUAAAACGCGAACGGGAGCAGUUGCACAAGUACGGCAAGCAAUUCAAUUACUUUAUCGGUCGCCCUACGACUACUACUGCUGCGGAUGAAGCGGAACUUGUCAACCGGAUGGCGGAUCUUGAUCGCCUCUGUGAACUCCUUACCAUUGACGAGUUGGAUAAACUCAACAAAAAGAUGGCGACACUGACGGUCGAUUCAGCCGAUCAAGGGCGUCCCGUAUUUGAUGAAGCCGUGGCCGAAUUGAAUCGCCGCAUUGACGAAGAGAAGCAACAACAUUUGCAGGGCGGAGGGGGAGGUAGUCAAUCGGCCGGUGUAGGUAACGCUGGCGGAGGAGGAGGCAGCAGCGGCAGCAAGAAGAAAGGCGGCGCCAACCAGUGGAGUCCCGAAGAGUUAAAUUUGUUAAUCAAGGCCGUCAAUCUGUUCCCGGCGGGCACCAAUCAGCGCUGGGAAGUGGUGGCCAACUUCAUCAACCAACAUCACGGCGGCAAUCGUGCGGCUAAAGAAGUUUUGGCUCAAGCCAAAGAGCUCCAGCAAAGUGAUUUUUCACGUUCGGCUUUGAAAGAAGCGGCCAACAAGGCGGCUUAUAACAAAUUUGAAAAAGAGUCGAAGGCCGGCGUCGCUUCCGAGGAAUCGAUUCCGUCCGAACGUUACGAAACUCCAGCUGAACAACUUGGAAUCAAUUUGACUGCGUGGACGGCGGAUGAGCAACGCUUGCUGGAGCAGGCCUUGAAAACCUAUCCGGCAUCGUUGUCUGAUCGCUGGGAAAAGAUCGCCGAGGCUAUUCCCAAUCGAUCCAAGAAAGACUGUAUGAAGCGAUACAAGGAAUUGGUGGAACUUGUUCGAGCUAAAAAGACGGCCCAAGCUGCCGUUGGUCCAGCCGCUACAAAGAAAUGAUUUUUUAGCCGCAUUUUUUUUUUUCUUAAAUUUUUUUUUUCUCUUCUAGCAGGAUAUGCUGUGUAACCUUAUCUUUAAAAAAAACAAAAAAACACUGUCACCUCAUCGAUAAUUUUGUUUUGUUUCCACCCCUAAUAGGUAAACAAAUUAAAUCCCGAUAAUAAAACAAAUUGAAGAAGAAGAAAAAGAAACACAAAUACAAUUGCGUACGCCAUA